CAAGUUCAGGUAGUCUUUCAACUGAUGGAUAUUAUAUAUUUUAAAGUGUAUUCAAGAGGCGUAGACGGAUUUGUCUUGACCACCUUCAGGUUAGUAAACAUGCAAUAGAGGGGUGACCACCUUCAGGUUAGCAAACAUGCAAUAGAGGGGUGACUGCACUAGUGGUCGUCUGGCUGUACCACAGAAAAAAACCUACCACAGUAAACGUGUAUGAAGUAUUUGACACAUGGAGGUGGGGUGGAUUAUACUACCUUUCUUGGCUUUGCUGUGUCCUUCGUCGAGCUCCUCUGCAGGACAACUAAAUGAUUCACAGGCCCCAGCCCUACAAACUGAAUAUUUUGCAGAGGGCAAAGACGCUAACAUAAGUUGCAGCAAUAGGACAUGGUCUGAUGCUCUCCAUUUUAUCUGGAAAAUAAACAUCAGUGGAGUCAACUGUCUGAUAAGUGAAUCUACCAAAAAUCCUCCGCACAACAACUGCACAGGAGGGAAAACGCUCCGCAACACCACCAAUGGGGAGUCCUACCUGCACAUUCCUCACUUUGGAGUCAAAGAUGAAGGGAUAUAUUCAUGUGAAAUUGUGUACAGAGGUGGAGCUGAAACAGUCACGAUUACAGUGCGGGCAGCAGUCACCCCUGUCCUCUCCACCAGACUGGAGCAGGACAGUGGACAGAGGUUUGCUGUCUGUUCUGCUGCUGGGGGAAAACCAGCGGCCAUAGUGUCCUGGGAGGAGAUGUGGGGAUCCUCUGAGGUCACGGAGAGGUCAACUCAGAACGCUGACGGAACAGUGACCGUGGAGAGCUGGCUGCGCGUGCCUGAUGGAACAAAGGAUAAACUCACCUGUGUGGCCAGUCACCUCUUCUGGACACGAGGAGCAAGCUCUGCUGCCGUGGAUCUCACAGAGAUACGUGAUGCAGGUUCAUUGGCAGGUGAAUUAUGGCAGCUCAUCAUGAUAUCAUUUUUUUUUGUACUUAGUUUGGUCAUUGUAACUUUUCUCAGCAUAUACAUGUGCCUUGAGAGACACAAUUAAUAAUAAAACAAGUAAACAAACAA